CCAAUAUAGGCCCGACCCAACGCAAUUUCUGUCUCGCGCAGUCGCUCUCUCACCGUAGGUGAAGAAUCUGCAACCCUAGAUCAAAGACGAAGAAAAUGGAAAACCAACAGUCUGGGCAAAAAGAAAUAUCACCAGCAGAAGCAGUUCUUCUCGGAGCCCUAAGUCCUGGAGUCAACGGUCCAACAUGGACUACGCUAAAAACAACGUUUUUGAUGCUGGGUCUGAGUCUGGCUGUUAUGCUUGGUUUAGCAUUCUCUUCUAGUGAUUCCGCUUUAACACUUCAUGUGAUUUUCCUUGUUCUCAUCACAGCAAGCCUCUUCUUGCUUCUUAGCUGGUUUCUUUCACAGACUGGUCUGGUUUCAGUUGAACAUCAAAUGCAGGAGAUGGGCUUGGCACCAAAAGAUAGCAUAAGCAAAAAGGACACGUGAAGACUCACUUUCUUGUAGUUAAGGCAUCAACAUGUUUCAAAGGAAGACAUCUAAGAGCACAUUUUAUAACAGCUUGAUUUAAAAUACAGGUACAAUCUGUGAUGCAUUCCCCAGAAGAGAAAGAGAAGAAAAGAAGGAUAACAAUGCUCAAAUCAAACUAUUUUCCCUCUCCCAUUAUUUCAUGGGUAAAUCUUUGCUGAAACGGUUGCAUCUUUUACUCACCCAUUUCUUCCUUCUUUGGCUUCCCCUUCUUGGGCUUGAGAAAACAGAAACAUGAGCAGCAUGGGCACUGAAACAAGAGCUUCAUUCCUUUCGCCUGCUUGUGAUGUCAAGUGCCUGAAAACCAGUAUGUAUAGAGAACUGCUGUUGAUUUUCUCAUAUUUAUUUAUCUUCAGAUUCCAUUCCCAUCUCUUUAGGAUAAGAAGAUGCCUAGCUUCUCCAUUUCUAUGAUCAAGGCCACUGGGCUGAUAAAGGUUCACUUUGUGGGUUAUUUUGAUACCUUUUAUUAAAAAAGAGAGGAUCCUCUUUUAUGUUCUCCUCUCCGUAGGAGGAAUUCUAGGUUGUCAAGCAACAAAGAGCGGAUGGGUUAGAUUCCAAGGGGUCAAAUAUUUUGGCUUCACAAACUUAUUGCUUAAUCCAGGAGAUGUUUAGAAAUGAUCUGCUCUUUGUGGAGGCAAAGCUUAUAAUGUCAUGAUUGGCGAAGAAUGAAUUCUUAUCUUUUA